CUCAUAUUGACCGAUAACUUCCGGGGCUGUUGAACGCAACUGACGUCAGACAAAUGGCGGACGUUGUAAACAGAGCCAGCAGCUUCUCGGGGGCCAGAGUGAAACAUCUCUUUUUAAGAUGAACAGCAUAGAGUGUGAGCGACUAGACAGUCUGGAGGGGUGGGUGGCCGUUAAAAGCAACAUAUUUGAGGAAGAUGAGGCGUUUAAACUGGGCUUCAUCGUACAGUGGAACGUCAUCGAGUGCAAGUUCGCCGUCACCUGCCACAACCGGACGUUACAGCGGCAGAAGCGCAAAUCCGAGCCUGCCGCCGACGACCCUCAGAUGAGCUGGGCAGGACUCUUCUCCGUCAGCGAUCUGAAGCACGUCCACCAGCAGUUCACCUGCGUGGCCGACGUCCUGGGAGGCUGCUUCCCGGAUUUGACGGAGUUUGAAGAGGGUAACAUUUGGGACUUGCUUUUCCUGAGUAGGAGAUCAGGUCCAGACAAUGACGACGAGAGGGACUAUGACACCCCGUGUAGGAAACUCGAGAAGUAUUUCAGCACCGCUAUUGACCUCUGCGGACGGAAGAUUGUUCUCGACACCUUGUUCGCACAGGAUGACCGAGAUGUUGAGGAGUACUUUGAGAAUUUACAGGAGUUCAAAAAGAAGAGCUUGCAGGAGGAGAUGUCAAGGGCCAAGGGUCACCUGAGACAGCUGCUACAAAGUCACAGCGGUGCUGACAGGAUGGUCGUGCUGCUCAGCAUCUAUGAGGAAGAAGACGAGGCCUACCAGGACCUGGCGACUGUCGCCACAACUUUCUUCCAGUACCUGCUGCAGCCUUUCAGGGACAUGAGAGAGCUGGCCUGCCUUUACAAGAUGGACAUCCUUAAGUCUUUGGAGUUUGAGGAAUUGGGUCCUAAGAGAAUUGCAGCUCUGGAAAAGGAGGCGGAGGAGUGGAGAAAGAAAGCAGAGGAUGCAGUCGCCUCGAUUCAGGACAUCACUGUCACCUACUUUGCACAGACUUCAAAGGCUCUGGCUGGUAUGGUGAAACAGAUGGAAGAGGAUAAGUGUCGUUUUGGACCCGCUGCCUGGGCGUCAGCGGCUCCCAGGCUGGAGAAACUCCGCUUCCUAUUGGCCAAAGAAACCCUGCAGCACAUGAGAGCCACCGAGAUGUGCCUCAGCCGCAAGAAAGACAGCAUCAAGGAGAGGCUGGAGAACCUCUCUGUGAGAGCCCAAGGCCAGAGGGCCGAUUUAAGGUCUGCGUUUGAGGACGGCCAGAAGCAGGACACUGUGGACCAGCUGGAACUGCAGUUCUACGAAACCCAGCUAGAACUCUACGACGCCAAGUUUGAAAUCCUGAAAAAUGAAGAGCAGCUCCUGGUGGCUCAGAUAGACACCCUGAGACGACAGAUUAAAGAGCUGAAGGAGGAGGUGGUGUACUAUGAUGUGUGCGAGGAUCCCGAGGAGCUGCAGAGCAUGGUCCACACAGGUAUUCAUCAAGCAGACCCUCCAGCUGUCAGUCAGCUCAAAAGACGCCUACAGACCCUGGAAACCAAGAGGGGCAACAUCUGUGCCCGCCGAGCUUACCUGCGUAACAAAAAGGAUCAGUGCACGGAUGCACAUGAGCAGAAGCACCUGGCGGCAAAACAGAGCUCCAUAGUCUUCAACCAGCAUCACCAGGUCCACCUGAAACGAGAGAAGAAGAAGGAGGAGGAGCAGAGGAGGAAAGAGUGGGUGGACAAGGAGCGGGAGAAGACUCUGAGCCGAUUACGAUCCUUCAGAGAGAGGCGACCGGGCCAGUACAUCCUGAAAGCGCCCCAGUCCAGGCCUUCGCCGUCUUCUCCAGAAAGCCUGUGCCCCUCGCAGCCGAUGUCCAUCAUCAGCCUCAGCCCCGCUCCCGCUUCUGAAGGACCCCCUCCCUCCAUCCGACCCGCACCAAGGCGCAAGAAACCAGCCAAAAAGCAGCAGCUGAAAGACAUCCCUGUCCAAAUCUACGCUGCGCCGCCUCCUCCCACGGCCAUCCCACCUCCCCCAACAGCCCCACCCCCUCCUCCUCCUCCUCCUCCGCCACCACCACCACCACCUCCGCCACUGCUGCCUCCCCCCCGAGUGUCGCCCUCAUCAGAGGAUGCCCCGAUGCCUCUGAGUGACAAAGAGGGCCCUCCUUUUCCAGCCAAGAACACGCUCAAACAAAAUAUAGGAACCAUGGACGAAGUGUUGGCUUCACUACAGCGUGGACAGAUUAAGCUUCGAAAGGUCCCCGCGGCCAGCACGCCGGGCCCCACUGGGGAUGCAAGGAGCAGUCUGAUGUCUGCCAUCCGACAGGGAGUCACCCUGAAGAAGGUGGUUCCUGCACGAGGAGAAGUCCCGAGCGGCGGAGACAACGAGCUUGAGCGCAGCAUCAAGGCCGCCAUGAUGAGGAUGAAGAAGGUAGCGGCUGAUUCGGACGAGGACGACAGAGGGGACGAAGAGGGACGCAGUGCAGACUGGGAUAGCUGAGAAUGCGUGCGCACUCGCGCCGAUGAAGCUGCUGUCUUACGUUAGCCCCGCUCCGUCUUCCUCACAGUUACGAGCUUCAGCUCAUCGUUGCCAAUUUUCCAUCCGAAAACAAGAAAAAAAAAGCUGCUUCUUUGACAAGAACAGGAUUACGCCUCCUCAGACUUCAACGUUGCAGUUUGUUGAAGUUGUUGCACAUUUAAUCCCUUUUGUGUGUGUAUGUGCGUGUGCUUUUGUUUUGUUUUUAAAGUAGCCCUGAAACGGUGUAAUACAUCCAACACUGCAACUAACCAGCGAGCGGCAGAAUCAGGACUUAGUCUCCUCUAAAACACUUUCCAAUUUUCAGAAAUCCCAGUGAGAGCGAAUGAGCCGCUUUGUUUUUAACGCUCCUCUAAUGAUUGAAUUUCUCCCAAAUCUGUGCCCGAAGGCCUUUUGUGACAGUGUCACACAGCAGGGGGGGGAGUGGGGGGGGAGUGGGGUGGGAGCUUGUGCUGCGGGCGGUGAAGACAACACUACGCAAAUUGUCGUUUCGCUCGCACCGCCCGGUCUGAUCUCAUCAUUUUGAAUGUAAUUAAAUUUGAACAAUUGUUUAUUUAACCUAACCCCAGUAAGGCUACAGCCACGCGAAGGCAGCGCUGUUAAUUAUUCACAGCCUGCGUGUCUGAAGUCUUUGUCGUUGUUUGCGUUGCAGGCCGUCUCACGCUGACCGCUAUUUUCCCCUUCUCGUGUCAGAAUUUUGGGAACGCUUUAGGAUUAAUCAAAGGGCACUUUCGAAAUGAAAUACAGAGACAAAUUGAGAAUAUUAGGCUUUAAUUUAACUAAUGGAUUAAAAAAAAGUUACGUAAUUAAUUACACAUCCCAAUCUGUAAUCACUGUGUGAUCUAAAGAAAAGGAAAAAGGGGGAAAGGUUCCUGUUGAUUAAGGCAAAAUGACCUUUCAACCUGUGACAGCGCAUUGCUUUAGUUUGGGGGUUUUUCCCUCCUCAAUCUUUACAAGUGUUCCUUACCUGAACCUGUCAAACAGUUAAACUGUGUGAUAGCAGCAUUAAAUGCUUUACAGGAUGAAUUUAUUUCUAGUUUUAUGAGUUAAUGAUGUUUGAGACAGAUACCUGCACUGCUGUGUUUUAAUAAUAAACUAAGAGACAUCAGGUCGUCAUCGAA